GGCCGCCCGCCGGUGGGGCCCAGCGGGGCGCGCCCUUGGCUCCCGAGCAUGGCGUGCUCCCUGCCUCCCUGCGUGGUGGACUGUGGCACCGGGUACACCAAACUUGGCUACGCAGGCAACACUGAACCACAGUUCAUUAUACCUUCGUGUAUUGCCAUCAGAGAGUCAGCAAAAGUAGUCGACCAAGCCCAAAGGAGAGUGUUGAGGGGAGUUGAUGACCUUGACUUUUUCAUAGGGGAUGAAGCCGUAGAUAAACCUACAUAUGCUACCAAGUGGCCAAUACGACAUGGUAUAAUUGAAGACUGGGACCUUAUGGAAAGAUUCAUAGAACAAGUGAUUUUUAAGUAUCUUCGAGCAGAACCUGAGGAUCAUUAUUUUUUAAUGACAGAACCUCCACUGAAUACACCAGAAAAUAGAGAAUAUCUUGCGGAAAUCAUGUUUGAAUCGUUUAAUGUACCGGGACUCUACAUUGCAGUUCAGGCGGUGCUGGCCUUGGCGGCAUCCUGGACGUCCCGACAGGUUGGAGAGCGCACGCUAACAGGGACAGUCAUUGACAGCGGCGAUGGGGUCACCCACAUCAUCCCAGUAGCAGAAGGUUAUGUAAUUGGAAGCUGCAUCAAACACAUCCCGAUUGCAGGUAGAGAUAUUACAUAUUUCAUUCAACAGCUGCUAAGGGAGAGGGAGGUGGGAAUCCCUCCUGAGCAAUCACUGGAGACUGCAAAAGCCAUUAAGGAGAAAUACUGUUACAUUUGCCCCGAUAUAGUGAAGGAAUUUGCCAAGUAUGACGUGGAUCCCCAGAAAUGGAUCAAACGGUACACAGGUAUCAAUGCAAUCAACCAGAAGAAGUUCGUUAUAGAUGUUGGUUACGAAAGGUUCCUUGGACCUGAAAUUUUCUUUCAUCCAGAGUUUGCCAACCCAGACUUUAUGGAAUCCAUUUCGGACGUGGUUGAUGAAGUAAUACAAAACUGCCCUAUUGACGUACGUCGUCCGCUGUAUAAGUUCUUAGAAGACUGUCUUGACUUUAAAAAUGGAAAUGUAAGGCCUCCCAGGAAGCAAGGAAUACACCAGAUGCUUACCAGAAGUUUCUCUGGCCUUCAAAAAAAACUUCCUGUUUAAGUAAUUACAUACAUCAAAUUCUAUGAUCAGGCGUCAACGUUAUUAGUUCCAUCUUCAGUUAAGUUCUACUCUGUCCUACAGGGCUGCUGUCAGUAGCAACUGACUCAGUGGCAACAGGUUUGGUUUGGUUUGAUUUCUGCUAAGGGGUGGCGUUGUGGAGACCUGUUGAUGGAUGGUGUAAGCCUGUUCUAAGGAUUCCACAAAGCUUUGGCAGAUUAGAGGAGGUAGCACUUCCUAAGACAGGGAUGGAAAGCAGCAACACUCUUUCUCAGGCCCAUUAGAUCUUGGGUAAUUGACAUCACGUGGCCUCAAUCAAAAAGAUCGUGAAUGUUUAGGAUCAGCACUUAAAAGAAAACCUGUUUCAGGAAAGCUGGUAACAGGGAACCCAAAGUUAAGAGGGGGAGAGUGUUGACAUGUUGUGGGGUUCGCAAACAAUAUCACAAAACAAUAUGUGUAUUGUUUAAUGAGAAAUUAAUUUGCUCUGUAAACCGUCUAAAGAACAAUAAAAAAAAAAAAAAGAAAACCUGUUUCUGGUGGAUGUUCUCUGUGGAUGUUGCUCAUAAAACAUUGUUUUUCUCAUAUUAAAUACAAUCGAAUUUCCCAGAGCAUUUUGCAUGACAAGGGAUAUAAAGACGAGUAAGAUGUAGAGUAGGUGUAGACCUGGCCUGCACAGUCUCCCAGCAGAACUGACUGGAAGCUCGUGAAGGCGGGGUUGGAGAAGCUGCCUGAAGGCAGGGAGUUUUCCAUGGCCCCUCCGUUAUUUACUGCAACCUGGUGAACUGGAGAAACAGGGACUAGGCAAGGAUAGGCAUUCCCUGAUCGGGCUGUUGGGAGUGGAUUAUACAGGCAACUGUGAACUGGGUCAGUGGCAUCACUAGUGAGGCAGGGGUGUGUGUGUGUGUGUGUGUGUGUGUGUGUGGACAGCACCCCCGACACUGUUGGAGGGGUGACACCAAAAUGACCCGAGGGUCUGUGGUGGGGGAGGGGCCACCAAGGCAGUGGUGUCACUAGGGUUGGUGUUACCUGUCACCCAGUGCAGUACCUGGUCACCCCACCUUACCCACCAGUAAGGGUGCAGGCAGCCAGGCCGUGGCACCUGCCACUGGGUGGAGAG